GGGACUGGUGAGUUCCAUUACUGAUUACUUCUUAUUCCUUCUCUCGUCCCAUCAACAUUCUUUCUUUAUUGAAAAUGCUUCAUCUUCUUCCUGAAAAGCUUCAAUAAAAAUACCCCAUUUGUUUGUUCUGUGUUCCUUUCAGCAAUGUUUCGUUCUCUAUGUAGACAACUAUGUUAUUUUAGUAGGGAUACGGAUUUGACAUUCACCAUUUUGGCCCUUAAACUAAACCCAUCUCUGAAAUAUAUCUCAACAACAACAACAAUAACGAAUUCUACUGAUCGACAUUCUUUCACGGUCUCUUAUCUCAUUAACUCUUGUGGGUUGUCUGAACAAGCUGCCAUCUCUGCAUCCAAGCGUGUUCACUUCGUCAAUUCAAUAAAACCUGAUUUAGUAAUUAGUCUUUUCAGAGACUAUGGGUUUUCGAAUGCCCAAAUCACCAAAAUUAUUAGGGUACACCCGAACCUACUCUUAUGUGAUACAGAUAAAACCCUUAAGCCCAAACUCGAAUUCUUCCGUUCAGCAGGUGUUUCAUCCCUUGACCUUGCUCAGAUCAUCUUUCGGGAUCCAGGGACCUUAUUACGUAGCUUAGAGAACCAAAUAAUUCCUUCAUUUGAGUUCCUUAGGGGUUUGGUUGAGACCAAUGAAGAUGUCAUCAAGGUUUUCAAAAAUUUCCCCAGGAAUUCUAUGUGGGCUAUUAGGAAUUAUAUGGUACCCAAUAUUGCGGCUUUGCAACAUCACGGUGUGCCUGAGGCCUUGAUUUCGAUAAUGAUGGUGCAUCCUUCAAAAUUGCUUCGCAGACCUGAACGGUUUAACGAGAUUGUCAAAGAGGUCAAGGAAAUGGGUUUCGAUCCUUUGGAAGCAUCGUUUCUCUCAGCUGUCCGUGUGAUAGCUGGAUUGAGCAAAUCUACCUGGAAAGCUAAAUUGGAUAUUCUUAGGAAAUGGGGUUGGACAGAAGAUGAGAUUCUUUCAGCAUUUAAAAGGCAACCCCUAUAUAUGAUGUUGUCUGAGAAGAAGAUAGUAGGAACUAUGGACUUCCUUAUUAACACAAUGGGUUUGAAGCCUUCUGUUAUUGCCAAAUGUCCAAGUGUUCUCACGUAUAGCUUAGAUAAAACAAUUAUUCCUAGGUGUUCAGUUAUUCAAGCUCUGCUCUCAAAUGGACUGAUUGAGAAGGACUUCAACUUAGCCACUCUGGUAAUAAGCUCGGAGGAGUCUUUCCUUAAAAGGUAUGUGACAAAAUACAAAGUUCAAGCUCCUCAACUGCUAAUGGUAUAUCAAGGUCAGAUUGAUUGGAGGAAAUGCACUAAUUGAAAUUUUUAAUGGGGCAUGCUUUGGUAAGGAGUUGAAAUUGUAUAUUCUUUGCAGCCUUUACCUUAUGAAUGCACGUAAUUUUAGUUCCAUAUGUGCAGCUGGAAAAAUGAGAAAAAUUGAAAAGGUAAAGAACA